UGCCGAGCAGAAACUUUUGCGGACGGUUUCUUGACUGACAAUCAGCGCGGAUUCAGAUCAGAUUCGCUCGUCACAAAGCCCAAAGUCCUUCCAAUUCUCCAUGUCUAUUCGAGGCUUCUCGCGGACACAGAGAGGACUUGAAGAAAGGCGCCGCUGAACUGAGAGAGCAAGCUGUGUAGGAAUUGAUUUAUAGAUAUCUUUAGGUUGUAAAAGCGACAAUAGCAUACUUCAGUUCAAGAGUGGUCAGCCUCGUGCCACGAGGCUGACGAAUGAAUCGAUUGGCGGGUCGAAAUCCUCAUGUGGGCCGAAACCAUCCCACCUCAUUUCUCACGCAAGGCACCGAACUUAUUCAUGAGCUCCACAUCUCGACACGGGGAGUAUCUGUACAGUUUUCCAUAAUCUUCUCGUCAUGGCUCUCGUUUCCGGGCCUGGACGUGCUGGCGCGCUCCCUGACGAGCUUCAACUCGCUGUAGAAGCUCAUGUGAAGUAUAUUCAGUCUUUGGAUACUCGCAGGGACGAACUCGAGUACUGGCUCACCGAACACCUUCGUCUUAAUGGCCUCUACUGGGGCGUCACAGCUCUCCACCUUCUCAAUCGACCCGAUGCCCUUCCCCGCACAGAAACAAUAGACUUCGUGCUAAGCUGCCAAGCAGAAAAUGGCGGAUUUGGAGCAGCUCCUGGACAUGACGCCCAUCUACUUUCAACCGUGAGCGGGAUACAAAUCCUGGCAAUGGUCGAUGGCUACGAGGAGCUUGAGAAGCGGGGCAAAGUCGUCGCAUUCGAGGGGAAAGAGUACAAGGGAAAAGAAGUUGUGGGCAGAUAUCUUUCCGGACUGCAGAAUAAGGAGACGGGCACAUUUGCUGGUGAUGAGUGGGGAGAAGAGGACACUCGGUUUCUUUAUGCUGGUCUUAAUGGCUUGAACUUGCUGGGAUUGUUAGACUUGGUCAAUGUCGAUUUGGCCGUCGAUUACAUCGUCAGUUGUGCAAACUUCGAUGGUGGCUAUGGAGUCUCUCCUGGGGCUGAAAGCCAUUCGGGUCAGAUCUUUACUUGCUUGGCGGCAUUGAGUAUCGCGAAGAGGAUUGAUACAGUCGACAAGGAUAAGUUGGGCCAGUGGUUAAGUGAGAGACAAGUGGAGCAAGGAGGGUUGAAUGGGAGGCCAGAGAAACUUGAAGAUGUCUGCUAUAGUUGGUGGGUAGCGAGUAGUAUGACUAUGAUUGGACGCUUGCAUUGGAUUGAUGGCAAGAAAUUGACUGAAUUUAUACUGAGAUGUCAAGAUCCGGUUGGUGGAGGAUUUGCAGACAGACCUGGAGACAUGGUCGAUGUUUUCCAUACAUGCUUUGGCGUUGCGGGGUUGAGUCUUCUGGAGUUUGAGGGCUUGGAGGAGGUGGAUGCUGUAUAGUGAGUAAAUAUUCCUUCGCACAGCUCAUAUUGACUGGGGAACAGCUGUAUGCCCAAGAAAGUGCUUGAACGAAUACUUGGGCCACAAUAUGGAAAAAAUGACUGAUGUUAAUGAAGUUAAUGGAUCAAGCAUGAUCUGACGAAAGCUGUCUGAGUGGAUGUAGUCUAGCCAGUGCUUAUAGGAAUCAAAGGUAGGCAUGAAUUUGUAUCUCUCCUGCCAUCUAAUAACCUAGCACCUUUGUGUUUUGUGGUGCAAGGAUACAAGGCAGGAGAAGAGAAAUUCCAAGCUACAUUAGCAUACAGUCUUUGCCCA